CAUGAUCGGAACCAGCAACAACCCAAAUUCCAAUAACAAAACAAGUCAAGAUUUCUGUUUCGACACCGCUCUGAAUCGUGUCGCAAUUAGACAAGACUUGCUGCUAUUGGAGAACCAGCUUCCCUUCUUCGUUCUCGAGGACUUGUUUAGCCUCACGGUGGCAAAGAUUCCGAACCUCACGGUGGCUAAGAUUCCGAACCUCACGGUGGUUACUAUUCCGAAUCAUCCGCCUAGUCUUAGUCACUAUCUCCUCUCAUACUUUGGCAACAUGAUGAAUCCCUCAGAACAAAGCGACAAGAAUGACCGGGAACAAAGCCACGAGAUUGACCGGGAUCCGAAGAUUUGUCAUAUCCUUCACUUUCUAUACAAUCAAUACCGGACACAAGAAGGUACUAUACAAUCAUCCACAGAACCAAUCAAUACUGAAAUCCCCGAAAACAAGAAAGAACACCAAGAUUCACCAAAAACCAAUUCCAUGCCUCCUGCAUCAGAACUCGAGUAUGCAGGAGUCAAGUUUGAAGUCAGUACUAAAACCGGUGACACCCCAUUCAAGGUCCAAUUUGUUGCCCCACGAGGCCCUUUCUGGUACUGCCGUAGAGCUUCUUUCAAAAUCCCAACUCUGCAAAUUAGUGCUGCUACGGAAAGACUCUUGAGAAACCUCAUUGCUUUCGAGCAGUGUUACACUGGCUUUGAUCUUAACACUGGCCAUUAUGGCCUUGAUUUAUACUUCACAUCGUAUGCUACCCUCAUGGAUAGACUCGUAGACACUGAGAAUGACGUGCAAGUGCUUGAAAAGGCUGGAGUCAUAUAUAGCCGUCUCGGCGACAGAGAAGAGGCCUCUGAUCUGUUCCACAGUCUCUGCAAGGAAAUUGUUCUGCCUCGGGAUAGUUUCUAUUUCGCUCAAGCUUGCAAUCAGGCUGCUAGCCACAGCAAGCGUCGUUGGCCUAAAUAUUUGGUGGGGUAUCUGAGGCGUACAUAUUUCACUAAUCCAUGGACAUUCAUAGCUUUCGUGGUUGCCUUCAUCGUUUUUGGCAUCCAACUCGCACAACUCCUCCGUAAUUUCCUUCGUUGAGGAUUAUUCUGCCAGAAUUACUUAAUACUCCCAUUUUAGGGCUUCUGAGUAUUCGGUUAUGAGUCAAAAUUAUGUUAUGAAAUAUGUGAUCUUAGUUGCAAGAUAUAUAUGUAGUGGUUGUUGAAGAUGUGUAUUAAUUGUGAGAUAUGUUGUGUUCUCUUGUACCUUGAUAUCUCCAUAUAUAAGUCUUUGCUGCCAUAUUUUUUUUUUUUUUUAAUUAAGGUAUCCAGAUUGUUUGACCAAA